CGUUCGCGAUUUAUAUCCUUCGGAAUGCGGCCCAAAAUCUGACAUAAAUCCGAAAAAUAAAGAUGCGCUCAUCUGCCGAUCUCUCCGGCACGCUGUACAGUCGCCAACACAAGAACUGGUCACAGUGUCAGUUGCAAUUUCCGCAAAUCAGCACAGUGUCGACUGCUGAAAGAAUUUUCGAAAAAGUGCGCUGUUGCAACAAGUGGAAAUAAAACCGCAAUUGAAAGAAAUUGUCAGUGGUUCCUGUCUUAGUGGAUGCUCAAAUCACCCAACAAUAGCUUGCGUUCAAUAUUUGACUAAAAUGCUUUUCCUCCUACUUCUCACCCUCUCAUUCGUCACAAGCGAGCCCUGCACCAGCCUCAUCUACUGCCACGGCCCCUUGCUCCAUAUGGUCCAAACGGCGCGAAUUUUCCCCGACUCGAAAAUCUUCGUCGACAUGAAAAUGCAACACGACGAAAAAACCACCCUCGAAAACUUCCACCGUUUCAUAAAAACCACAAACAAACCAAACCGCAAAGAAAUCAAACGCUUCGUUAACGAAAACUUCAAACACUUCCAAGAGUUCGACGACUGGACCCCGCCCGACUUCCGGCCAAACCCGGAUUUUUUAAACCGGAUUCGCGACCCGGAAAUCCGGGAUUUUGCCCACGAAGUGGUCCAAAUCUGGCCGAAACUCUCCCGGAAGAUCAAAAGGGAGGUGCUGGAGUCGGCGGAGUUGUUCUCGCUUCUGCCGGUACCGAACGGGUUCGUGGUACCGGGAGGGCGGUUCCGGGAGUUCUACUACUGGGACUCGUACUGGAUUCUGAAGGGGCUGCUCUUGUGCCAGAUGCACCAGACUGUGAGGGGGAUUUUGGACAAUUUCGCCUUCAUUAUCCAGAAAUAUGGGUUUUUGCCAAACGGCGCCCGGGUCUAUUACUUGAACCGCUCCCAGCCCCCGCUUCUGAGCCUCAUGGUUGGGGAGUACUUACGUGCAACAAAUGACACGGAGUGGUUGCGGGAAAACAUAGUUUGGCUGGACCGGGAGUUGCAAUUUUUCCUCGAAAAUAAACUAACAACUUUGGUAAAAAACGGAGUUAAGUACCAACUAGCCCAUUAUGUUGCCAAAAGUGAUACACCGCGUCCAGAGUCGUACUUUGAAGACAUCAAAAGUGCGAAAUUUUUGCACAGUCCGGAAGCCAGGGCUGAGUUAUGGACCGAUCUGAAAAGUGCGGCUGAAAGUGGCUGGGAUUUUUCCUCCCGCUGGAUGGUUGACCACGAUGGUGGUACCAAGACCAACUUGAGCCACAUCCAGACCAGACGAAUAGUCCCAGUGGACUUGAACGCCUUCCUCUGCCAGGCUUUCGGGACAUUGUCAGGUUUUUACACCACUUUGGGUGACCACAAAAGGGCGCUUUUCUGGCUCCAAAAGUCACACUUGUGGCGCCAAAACCUGGAAUUGGUGUUUUAUGACCACGAGGAUGGGGUUUGGUACGACUGGGACCGUGGGUUAAACCAACCACGGAAGGGUUACUACGCCAGUAAUUUAACCCCACUGUGGACACAAUGCUACGACCCCAACCUUUCGGAUCAUUUGGGCCAGAAAGCAGUCCAGUACUUGUCAAAAACCGGGAUUCUGGACUUUGAUGGUGGCAUCCCUGCCUCCCUUGUGAACAGUGGGGAGCAAUGGGACUUCCCCAACGCCUGGCCGCCCCUCCAGUCAAUCGUCAUUCUGGGCUUGGACCACACAGGCCACCCCCAAGCCCAGAAAACCGCCCAAGAUUUGGCCGAGAAGUGGAUUAGGUCAAAUUUGGACAGUUUCAAGGCCACGGGCCAAAUUUCCGAGAAGUACGACGUUCAGUUCAGCGGCCACAGCGGCCGUGGCGGGGAGUACAGCGUCCAGCACGGCUUCGGCUGGACCAACGGUGUACUUUUAGAGCUUAUAGACCGGUACUACGGCCGGGAAAAAUAAAUUUUUUGAGUAUU